AUGUCAGAACAAGGCAUCUUUGACGAGAAAUACAAAAUAAAUGAGCAGGUCAUCGACUCACCUCCAAGUGAGCUGGACCAUAGUAUUGUUAAAGACUGGGAUACUGAAGAGUCGGCCGUUCGGCGGAAAGUCGACUUUAUUCUCCUUCCAAUUCUUGCAGUCGCCUUCUUCGCCUUGCAAAUGGAUCGUGGAAACAUCAGCGCUGUCUUGACAUCGAGUAUCACUAAAGACCUCAAUAUCACCACAAAUCAAAUCAAUAUCGGAUCGCAACUGCUCUCUGCUGGCAUUGUUCUCUCUGAAAUCCCGUCGAAUAUUAUUAUGCAGCGAAUUGGGCCCCGUAUCUGGUUAUCGGGUCAGUUAUUCGCGUGGGGGUUGGUUGCGACCUUCCAGGCUUUUGUCAAAUCGUAUCCUGCGUACCUGGUGACGAGAAUUUUGCUGGGACUCUGCGAGGGUGGUUUUAUUCCUGGCGCUUUAUAUUAUCUCUCCACAUGGUAUAAGAAAGAUGAGACAAGUCUGCGCACCAGCCUGUUCUUCUAUGGACAGAUGUUUGCAUCGGCUACAUCGAGCUUGAUAUCCGCCGGUCUGCUUCAGCUGCAUGACACCCAUGGUAUGGAGGGAUGGAGAUGGAUCUUCCUGGUCGAGGGCCUGAUAACCCUUUUCAUCGCAAUCGUAUUCACGCUUCUCGUACCUGCAUCGGUCGGAGACGGCCGUCCAUUGCUUGCCUUUGGCCGCUGGAGUUACUUCACCGAACGCGAGUCGCACAUCAUUCGCAACCGCGUUCUGCUAGAUGACCCCCUGAAAGCCACAGGUCAUAUCCGGAUUUCAGGCUCUGAUAUCUGUCAGACCAUCAAGCAGCCUCGCAUCCUGCAACACGUUUUCGUGACUUUGGUGUCCAUGUCUGGUUUCUCGGGUUUGACCCAAUACACACCUAGCAUGAUCAAAGGGCUGGGUUUCGGUGCCGUCAAGGCGAACGCCCUGGCAUCGGUUCCAGUCUACUGUAGCAUGAUCUGGCUGGUAGUUCUGUCUUUUGCUGCCGACAAAACGAGACAUCGCGGACCCUUUGUGCUCUUGGCUAUCACUUGGAAUGUUAUUUCCUACGCUUGUCUUCGUACAAGUAACCCUCACACUUCGCAAUGGCACCGGUAUGGAGUUAUUGCCGCUGCUAAUAUCUCCUAUUGCAGCAUGCACAUUCUGAACGUUGGCUGGCUGUCAUUCUACUGUCGCACACCACAGGAACGAAGCGUUGCUAUGGCAUUAGUGGUCAUGGCUGCUAACUGUGCUGGCAUUGCUGGCUCGCAGAUCUUCCGCACUUCCGAUGCCCCGAAGUACUUGCAUGGUCUCACCGCAAUCAGCUGUCUUGCUGGUGCCUCAUGGGUUCUCACUGCUGUCCUUUGUAUUCAAUAUUACUCCCGGCGGCAAAGGGCGGUUCCUUCGGUCCAAGAGGCGAAAGCUUAA